AUGAAAUUAGAACAGCAACUAUUUCUUACAACGGAUAUAUCAGCAAAUCGUCAAAAAUUACAUUCGCAGAUACAAAUCGAUAUCGGAGAACUGUCAAUGCAUAGCUCAAAUACUGCUAAUUUCUAUGUAUUCAGUCUAAUAGAAACAACGAUCACAUUACAACAAAAAAUGUGCUACACAUUAGAUGUUAUGCGACCGAAAGCAAUGUCAUCCAUUGCACUUGCCGAUAGCACAACACCAACAAGUACUGAUAAUUCCCCAGAGAAUGCGCGCAAUAUCACGAAUGACUUAGCGCCCGUAACGGUUUUAUCUCCGGUGCAAAUUGAUAUAAUAAAUGAUAGAAGGUUGCGAAAGACACGAGAAGAUACUUUAACUAUACACUGUAAUCCAGAAUUUAAAUUUUCUGGUCGAUUUUAUACACUCAAUAGAAAACCAUUAACAAAAAUUUAUCGGGGUGAAAAUUUUUUGCUUCGUGCUAAUAUUGAAGUAGAGACGGAACAGGAUGUUGAUAUAUUGGAAACCUACUUUAUUUGUGAUCAUAAUUUAGUGCAAUCAACUUAUAGUUUUAAAAGAAAAAAGUAUACCAAUACUUAUCGAAAGGGUGAUAAAUUAGAGGAUGUUAUUGUGUUAAGAACUGAUGCUGUGUUAAGUGAUUGGAUAACAGCGAAAGAGUUUGAACGAAGGAAAAGUGAGCCACAACCAAAUAUUUUCAGUCAUAUGCGCAUAAGUCGAACAAAUGGUGCGGGCUUAAACAAAAUCGAAAAUAUGUCUAAUAGCAAUGCUCUUGGUAAAUUAAAUAUGAGUAAGAGUUUGUUAGGAAAAAUCUCCACAAACAUGACAAUAAUAAAUAAUACUGCCAGUUCAAAUGCAUUAAUGGUAGGAAGUCAGAACUCCAACAUGAGUUCUUCAACUAUAUCGGAUGAAGGCAAGACACAAACAACAAAUGUAGAUUCGGAACAAUCACCAAAAUUACUGCAAUCACGUUUAAUUUAUAACAAAGCAAUGGAUGCAAUACAAGCAACAGGACAUUGUCGAGGUUUCAUCAAGGGUCUUGUUACUCUUGAGCAACAACAACUACAGCAGUUGCAGCAGACGCAAAUCCAACAGCAGAAUGUGCCGAUUUUCGGCGUAUAUUGUAUUAAAUGGAAGCGUCAUGGCAGCAAGGAUGAAAAUGAAUCAAAAUUUGUUGUCAGUGGUUUUGAAGUACACGAUCCACCACUUAAUAUUUACUGUACAAUUGAAGAGAAAAUGUUUGUCAAAAUGCCAGUUACAUUCAAAAUUGUAUUAAAAAAUCCCACACCUAAAGUGAUACACCUGAUAGCGACAUUAAGCUUGAAUCAUGCUGAUUCAUUUAUAUGCUCCGGUCAUAAACAGCUUGAUAUCUCCAUAUUUGCGUUUGGUGAAAAGGAACUUGUAUAUAAUCUGUAUCCACUUCUUGUUGGAUGGCAAUAUCUUCCGGAAUUAACUUUAGAAUAUAAUACUCAAACGGAUCCUAGUAAAGAUGAGUCGCAAAAUAUUUUACUUAGUGAAUUGGUGCAACAUUCCAUGCCUAAAAAGGUGUUCAUAUUGCCCCCACUAAAGCAACAGAAUAAAUAAUUUAAUCUUCGCCACAAAUUAGUUGACGGAAGGCAAACUCAGCAAUAAGCCAAGAAGCAUUAUAUCCCAUAUUUGUAAAUUAUUAUUGUAUUUAGUGUAGCAAAUUUUAGUAAAUUGUUGCAAACUAACGAUAACACAACUAUAAACAUAAGUUUUAUAAAUUAUGUUUAGA